AAUCAUCAAGAUCUGAUCCGCAAACUGGCUUAUUGCAGUCAUAUCUUUCUUUUUAUAGUCAACCAGAAGAAUGUCACAGAUUAAUAUCAUCCUUAUCCCACAAAGUCAAGGAUCUCUUCUGCUCCAAUCUCCAAAUAAUUCUAGCAGGAAUUUUCAAAACUUCCCAACUUGCUUCCAAGUUGUUAAGUGAAGACCUUCAAACCUACGAUCUAAGCCCAAUGGCUUCUGACUACAAAUAUUUGCUUUACAAAUGGAGUCUAAAAUGUUCUUCCCCAGAAUGUAUUCAAAUACUGAUAAACCUCAUUGAAGAAGCAGCCUCAAUAGAUUCACAAGAAGAACAAAUUCUCUGCAAGAAGUUCCUAGGAUCACUUGUGUAAGUUAGCAAUCUCAUUCUGUAUAAUAGAUAUGGAUGCCUGGAUAUCAGAAUUCAACAAGUUAGUCACUCUUCUUGAAGAGAAAGGCAUCGAUCUGGAGAUAAUAUCCUUCAUCAGCAUGUACAAAUAUUUCCAUUCGCACGCUAUUGGCGAGCCAACCAAGUAUUGCUCACAACCAACAUUUUAUGGGUCCAAUCCAGAUCUGAAUAUGAGCAAAGUGCAAAGAUUCGGAGAAUUAAAUGAUCAUGAACUCACUUGGCUUCAUGAUUGAAGUGUCGACCAGCUUAAAUGGAUCAAUAAUGAAUACUAUGUAACUGUGCAAGAGUUGAUUAAUAACAAAGAGUUCCUUCGGAGACUAGCUUGAAUUAGGGAAAUUCACAUUCACCAAAGAAAUUUAUUCAAGAUUAUUAAAAGCUAUGAAGAGUUAGAUGAGUUUGCAAAACUUAUUCCGAGCUGUGAUAACCUCACAAUUUCAAAUGCAGAUAUGGAUUUAGACGAUAUGAAAAUAGUGAUGAAGAGUGAGCUCUACAGCCAACUUAACAAGUUUUGAAUGACUAGUGCAAGAAAAAUUUUAUAAGAAAACAAUGUGAUUUAAAAACCUUGAGCUUUACUUGAGCCAGGCAUCUUUUUCAAUCGGGCAAGACAUUGUGGUCCAUUGAGAAGAUCUCAAACUUCACUGUAGCGAGAGUGAUUACAAUAUUAGUGAAGGCCAAAUUGAAAUUUCCAGAUUUGAGGUUAGUUCCUUCUUAAUAUGUUGGACAAUCGCUAUGGAGAACUUUAGAGUAGAAAUGGAUCAAACUCUACAGAAAACAUCUCAGGAUGCUUGAACCAGACUCAGAAUACCACUUUCUCUUGGA